AUGGGAAAUCAAAGUUCAAAGUCAAAUAAAAAAAUCGACGAAGUAAUGGAUUUAAGUGAUUUAAUUUCUAAAAGAGAAAUAAAAGAUUUAAGCGAAAUCCUUGUUUUUGGCGAACCUGGCAAAAAAAUAACCCUUGAGUUGUUUAUUUCCAUGUACAAGAAUAUUUUUCCUACAGGAGAUCCGACAAAGUUCGCAAAUUAUGUUUUUAAUGCUAUUGACAAAAACAAGGACGGAGCAAUCGACUUUUCUGAAUUUAUAAUAGCAGUAAAUAUUUUACGAUCUACAGAGGAUGAAACAAAGUUACAGUGGAUUUUCAAACUUUGCGACUUUGAUUCCAAUGGUGAUAUAUCAAAAAAUGAAAUAAUAAAUGUUUUCCAAGUAUUAACUGAACUGUACUACUUGCAGGCACUUUACGAAAUGAUUGGAGAUGAUUGUUGUCUAGAUAAAGCAAAGAAGCAUGCUAAUGAUCUUUUUGUUAAAUGCGAUUCGGAUAAAAACGAUCUUAUAUCACUAGAUGAAUUUAUGGAAGAAGGUGAUUUAAUUACAAAAUUAAAAUUUGAAACAGAAAGUAAAUUAAUUCACGAAUUCUCCGCAAUGAGUCUCUGCAAUCUUGCCAACGACAUUGUCUGUCGUUCAUGGAUUGCUGAAUGUUCUGGUCUAGACGCUAUUAAUAACUGUUUGACAUCCUCUGACCCAGAUGUCCAGAAGAAUUCCAUUGAAACACUUUUUAAAAUAUUAGAAGUUUUUGAACAUAUAACUUUAUUUAAUUAG